CCCUGGCCGCAGGUACCCAGCAGACCCGGGGCACCCUUUCUCCUGCCGCCUGCCUGCCCAUCUGUCCCCAGAACGGAGGAGCCCGCCAGCCCCACCAUGUCAUCAGACCCCAGCGCCCCACCAGCGGUGCCCCCGCUGCACUCGCCCAAGUCGCCGGUGUGGCCCACCUUCCCCUUCCAGCGUGAGGGCAGCCGCAUCUGGGAGCGUGGCAACCUGCUGCUGCGGGACCUGCCCAGCCCGCUCCCCACCAAGAGGACCAGGACCUACUCAGCCACAGCACGUGCCUCUGCUGGCCCCAUCUUCAAGGGUGUCUGCAAGCAGUUCUCUCGCUCCCAGGGCCAUGGGUUCAUCACCCCCGAGAAUGGCACAGAGGACAUCUUUGUGCACGUGUCUGACAUCGAGGGGGAGUAUGUCCCGGUGGAGGGGGACGAGGUGACGUACAAGGUCUGCCCCAUCCCUCCCAAGAACCAGAAGUUCCAGGCGGUGGAGGUGGUCCUCACCAACCUGGCACCCCACACGAAGCACGAGACGUGGUCUGGCCAGAUCAUCGGCUCCUAGGCCCCCGGGAGGGCCACCGGCCACUCGGCCCCACAGAGCAAACCUGCCCGGCCGCUCACAAGGGGAGCCGAGGCGGCGGUGGGGCCGGGGCUGCCCCCAAACAUGCAGGCGUUUGCGUUCGGUGUCUUUUAUAAGGUUACGGUUUCCUUUGUGUGUGUUUGUAAGUGUCUGUCGAGGGGGACGGGGAAAGCAGAGCCCUCCCCUGCCGCCCUCCAGCGCUGGGGGCAGUGCCGAGCACCAUGUCCCCUUUCUUGCCCCGGAGGCCAUGGGGAUCGGAGGAACCAGCCCUACCCCUGCCCACCGGUGCUGAGAGUGGGAGAGGGAAGUCUGGGGGAGCUUGGCUCGUCCUCCUAAACCCAGCUUUGGCAAGAUGGGCUCCCCAUUUGGUCUCAUUGCCCACAGCACACCAUCAGCGGGGCAUGCUGUGGGGCUGGGGGGAAACAGGGCAGUGUGGGGCAGUGUGGGGCAGUGUACCGCUAUUGCUGGUAGUUGACGGCACCUGCCUGAGCCACAUCCCUCCAUCAACAGCUCUCAGGUCAGCGGUGUCACGGGGAGGUGGGUGGCUUACAGAAAGAAAACACUAAGGGGCAAAUGGCUGCUGGCAAGGUGCUGAGACCUGUGCCCGCAGGGGCAGGGGUGAACUUGGCACCUCUGUGCUCCCCACCACCCUUGGGCCGGUACCGCAUUUAUUUUGGCUCCAUACUGAUGUGGUUUUGGGCGAGAUGGCAGCUCCUUGUCCCCCCAGCCCUCUGGAGACCCUGCUUCCCAUCUGUAUGUGUGUGUGUGUGUGUGUGCAUAUCCAUAGCUUGCCAGGGGGAUGUGAGGGGCUGAGGGAUGUAAGUAGCCUCAGCCACUUCUCCCCAGCCCCUCGGUGUAGGCAGGGUCUCGUAUACAAAGCACAAACUUCUUUGGUUUUGGUCUUCUCUGCCAUGCCCUGGCCAGGCGGGCUCAGGAGGGACAAGGCAGAGGUCAACGGGACAAGGACAGCUUGCACGGGGCUGGACCGGAGCUGACCCCAGGCAAUGUUCCAGGAAUCAUCAGCAUCUGAAAGGGUUUAUUUCCAAGUGGGCCUGGGGAGGUGACAGCCAGCUCCCUGGGGACCUGCUCCCUGCUCCUGGCCCUCAGCACUGUUGGAGAGUGGCAUUUUCCACAUCUUGCUGCUGCUGCUGCAGUGGGGACAGGGGUCUGUUGUAAGCAGGAAGAAGGGACAAGGCUGGUGCCACACAGGCCAGCCAGGCCCUGUGGAUUCAGGACCCACUGCCUACUGCCCUAGCCCAGGCUGACAGGGGCGUACCCCACAGCCCAUCUCACUGCCAACCCCAAGCCCAGCUCACCCAGGGGCUGUGGUGAUGCUGGCUCAGGCCCCAGGAUCCCUGGGACACAGAGUCAGCUUGGCCAAGGCAAACCUUGAUUGAUUUGGUUGUUUUCCCUUUCCCUAUUUUUUGGGGGAAUAAACUACAACCCCAGACUUGUGGUGUUUUUACAACUCCAGUGUGGUUCCCGCCUGUCUGACCAUGUGUCAACCUUUGUAACAUUGGCAAUAAACCAUUAAAAGUGACUUUCCCAUGA